UACAACCCAGGAACUUGUUCCACGCACGCACAGGAGAGGAACCGGAGUGCGUGGAGCAGAGUGGAAACAAUUGUCAGUGUUUCUGUGAAGUACAAGCGCGUAUUAUUAACUCAAAUACGUGUCAGGGAGAGGAUUCAGGAUCACCUCAGCAGCACGCCGCUGACUGAAUAAACUGGACGGGAGAACAGGAGGAAUUUAAAGCGAUCUGGUUGGCUGCAUUAUUGAUCCUAUAGGUCUCCUUCUGAACGUUGAGUGAGGUGAAGUUGGGAACUAGCCGGGCAGUUUCCUUGCCUUCAGAGGAGUCUAGCAGAGUUCCUGUGCUUACGACACUUCUUUAACCGAGUAUGGAUUGCGGGCUGCUUGGUGAUCUGUGAACACAGCUGAAAGCUUUUCGCUGCCCGAGCAAACGAGAUGAAUUUGCAGUGGUGUACGUUUUUUAUCGAGCUCGUCGCAAAAGCUAGUUAGCCGGCUAGCAAACCAGUGCUAACUAUUCUACCUGACAUAUACGCAGUUUCCCCACAAUAUUUUGCUUUUCUUUAUUGUAGCGUCUGCCCGUCCAGGGGCAGGAAACUAUAGCUACUUAAACAUAUCGUUCACCAUUCUUUUUAAUUUACGAUCAUUUAAUUGUCAUACGAAGAUAAUAGCGUUUUUGGUGAGGGUUUUUUUUUUCGCUCGUGGAAAAUGGAUGCGGUAAUGGAGAAGGAGUGCAGCGCGCUGGGAGGACUCUUCCAAUCUAUCAUGAACGACAUGAAGGCAAGUUACCCUGCCUGGGAGGACUUUGUUACAAAAGGGGCCAAGUUACAGUCUCAGCUAAGGACAACCAUCAUUGUCGUCGGCUCAUUUCUGGAUGCUUUUCAGAAGCUUGCUGAUAUUGCAACUGGAACACGAGGGGCAACAAAAGAAAUUGGCUCAGCACUGACCAGAAUGUGCAUGAGACAUAGAAGCAUUGAGAACAAAUUAAAACUCUUUACUACUGCUUUCAUGGAUAAAUUGAUCAGUCCACUGGAGCUGAUGUUGGACGAGUGGAAAAAGGUGGCCAGUCAGCUUGAUAAGGAUCAUGCUAAAGAGUAUAAGAAGGCACGAGCAGACAUCAGGAAGAAAUCAUCUGAUACAAUCAAACUGCAGAAGAAAGUAAAAAAAGGUAAAGAUGAGGUACGGAUGCAGUUGGAUAGUGCAUUGCAAGAUGUAAACAUUCGCUAUACCGAGCUAGAAGAGACCGAGAAGAGAUCUGUGUGCAGAGCACUGAUUGAGGAAAGAGGACGCUUCUGCUCUUUUGUUACAAUGCUAAAACCUGUUUUUGAUGAAGAGAUUAGUAUGCUUGGUGAAGUAACACAUCUGCAAUCAAUUCUUGAAGACCUUUGUAACAUGACAGUAGAUCCUAGUACUUUACCACCUGCUAGUGAACAGGUUAUUCUUGACCUGAAAGGUUCUGAAUACGCCUACACAUUCCAGACUCCACCUGCAUCUCCCAGCAACACACUGUCACGCAAAAGCAGCAUUAGCAGUAACUAUGCCUCUGUGCGUCACGUGCCCUCUCUGGACUCUAUCUCAAGUGUUAUGGAUGGCCUGCAUUUGCAAGUCAAAGAAGUAGGACAGGAGCAGCGUUGCAAAGUCCCAGGUACAGAGAAUGGCACAGCUAUGCCACAACAGGUUUACAUUGGUUAUGGGGAAAGAGCUAGAGCCCAGUCCACAUCUGGAAAGGUAAUGACAGCCAGAGAGCAACUAGCUCUGACGUUAUCUGGUGCUCUUAACUCGGAGACUCCCCACACUAGUCAUGAUUCUCUGCACUGCUCCAGUGGAUACAGUACCCAGACAACAACACCAUCCUGUUCUGAAGAUACAAUACCCUCUCAGCAUGCAAUAAAGAAAGAACCUCCUCUAUAUGACUAUGAUUAUAUCUCCCUUCACGGAGGCGAGGACACCCCCAGUCCAUCUGAUUUUGACAAGUCCUGCACAAUUCCACGUAACAGUGAGCUGAGCCAGAACUACCGAAAACUGUUCCAGAGCAAAAGACCAGCAUCCACAGUGAGCCUGCUGACUGAGCCUGAGUCACUACUGCUACAGCAACCCCACACAGCCACCAUUCGGCGAAAACCAUCCAGCAAAGCCACCCUCCGUCGUGGCACUAUUAGUGGAGGAGUGCCUAUCCCCAUUUGUACACCACAGGUGCCACUGAAGCCAUCUACAUCCACAGCAAGUUUGGUUCCAGGUCGUAGUGGUAGCGAGGAGGCAGUGUGCUCACAAGUGAACCCUCAAUCAGCACAACUAGUCAGCUCUUACUUGGCACAUGCUAAACAUACUCUUUGCUCUUCCGCCCAUAAUAUAAGUCCAAUGCCAACCCCAUACUAUGCUAUGUUUCCUGGGCAACCACCAGUAGGCGUCAAUGAGCAGAUCUACCAAACUAGCAAGCAACAGCAAAGGCAGUUCCAACAACACAAUGACUAUCAACUGUACAAUCAAAAACAGCUACAAUAUCACCAAGAGUGCAACAAACAGGAGCACCCAGUACAAUAUCAACAACAGUUGAAUCGAGCACAACAGGAGUUACAAUAUCAACAGUACAUUCAAGCACAACACCAGCACCCACAUCAAUAUCAGCAGCAUCAGCAACAGUCACAGCACAUACCAGCUCAGAAUCCACGAUUUCCCAAACAGCAUUCGAUCCAGCAGCAUGAACUACAGCAGCAGCAGCAAAAACAACAGCAGUGCCAACUACCUCAAAAGAAUCCUGUACUACAACGCUGGUCAUCUGCUCCAGUUCCAGACACUGCGAAUCAUUUAGAAGAUGCAAAUGAGUCUGAUGGGAUGCGUGUCGUUGGCGGCAAUGAUAUGCUAAGCAUGAUCCGCAGGGGGGUGAAACUCCGACGCACAUUUACUAACGAUCGCUCAGCACCUCUCAUCACUACCAACUAUCACGAGUGAAGAUUAUUUUACAUGCAUUAGACUAUUUCUUUUUUUUCCCUGCUUUGUACAUGUUUACCUUUUUCCCAUUUUAUAAGCUUCCCAUCAGGGUUAAAGAGUCUUCUUUUCACAAAGAUGACCUUAUUCACUUAAUUAUAAUGAUGACUUUGUGGCACUGGUGUGUCCAUAUGAAUGUCAGCUUUCACAUGCUCAAUUUUAUUAUAUUCUUACUGCAGAUAUUAAAACACAGAUGCAUCUGUAUCUAUUAAGAGCAAAUAAAUAUUUUAGGUUUUGGAUUUUA